AAGAUGCAUAACAGGGGUGCCAGGUUCCCUUAGGUAGGCUAGUGCGUUCCCACACCUCAACAUUCUCUCAAACCCCUUCAUGGGUCUGUCUGCUCACUCUUCGGCCGUGCGGUGUCUUCCCACUUCUGACAUCAAUGUAGUGAACUGGGCGGUGGUCUGACUCUGCAUACAAUAAUACCACUGUCUGACUCUGAAUAGCCGGAUUUAUGUUUAUCCAUGCAGCAUUGUAACAAAGCACUGCAGGUAUGAUUGAAUUCUAGUAUAAUUCAUAUUCAUACAACAUUUGAUCUAUUGUUUGUUUUAUUUAUCAUAUUUAUGGACCUUUGAUUUAUAUAAUAUUUUAGGUAGAGGAAUAGAUAACGUAACAUAUGCAAGCACGCGCCACACUGCGCAUACAGAAUCAGCAUCAUCAUCAUUUUUUUAGGAGGAAAAGGCACCAAGCAUGACUGAAUAUCCGACCAACCUCCUUGACGUCAGAUAGUUGCACUUGCAUGAGAGAGAUGUCGACUUCCUCGAAUUUGGGAUUUCCAAAAGCACAGAAAACAACUUUAGUACAUCAUUUACUUUUUCGUCCGUCGUUUCCAGGUGAAAUGAGGCUCAGCAUAAGACUUGCUUACCUUUUCCUGUAUAACCUGCUUCAGUUCUGUGGGCACACAUGGAUAUUUGCAAACAUGACAGCCAGGUUUCUCACAUUUGGUGGAGACGCGCUUGCUGACACCUUCUAUGCUGUGGGGGUUGUGAUGAGUCUAUGCCAGCUGUUGUCCGUGCUGGAGCUCUUCCACAUCGCUGAUGGGAUCGAGAAGGCGCGCCUUCUGCCACGGUUUGUUCAAGUUAUGACCAGAAACUUCCUACUGUUUAUGGUGAUAGUCAGUCAAGAGGAGAUCCAGAGUAAACCAGUUGUGUGUGCACAGUUUUACCUGUGGAAUAUUCUAGAUCUGUUAAGGUACCCCCAUGUUCUCCUGUGUUUGAUGGGAACGGAUUCCUUUGGCAUGCUGUGGGCUCGAUACACCCUAUCCAUCCCCAUCUACAUAAUCUCAGUCAUCACAGAAGGCAUUACCAUUCACCAAUCACUGCCUUACUUUGAGUCAUUGGGAACAUACUCAUUCCAGCUCAGCCUGCCUGUGUCUGCAGACAUUUACUUCCCUAUCCUCCUGAAGGCAUACUUACCUUUACUGGCUGUUGGGGCUUGUGUAACCGUGUGGCAUUCGCUGAGUGCGAGGGAACUGCGUCUUGACAAGUGGAAUAAGAAGAUUAAAAGGAAAUGAGGUGGAUUUCUUAUUGUAGGAUAUAUCACUUCGGGAGUUACUUAAGAAGACAUGAUAGACAUUAUUACCCAACAGCAAAUGAGAACAUCUUCCUAAGAAGCCUUCAUUGCACAACAUCGCUUCGAUGAGGUCACACUUUCGGAAUAGUUGGCUAAGCAAAAUGUUUAUAAACGUGUUCAGUUGAGAAA